UCAGGCAGUGGCUCAAUACUCUACACCAGAUUAAACGGUUACCUAUGGAUAUCGCGUUUCCUCUGAGAAACCAAUUCGCCAAUAACAUCCCAUUUGCAGUUUCCGGAACCAUUGAUAUUUAUUUCCCAUCUGGUAUCCAAAUCCGCAGUUUUUCCUCCUCCACCCAAUGGUCCCAUCUCCUUCCAUUCUCCGAUCUCACACCAUCUAACCUCUCGUACAAUGCGCUUGAUACUGGCUGUGUCCGAGAACAUUAUCCACAGCCGCCUUUUCACAACCACAAUGGGCGACAGUUUCCAGUUAGGCCAUCUCUACAGGCGGCUCGUGCGCUUGAGACCGUACCUCGUGGGGAAUUCCCACGCUUACCGCCACAACUACCACCAGUACAUUCGCCACAAGAUCACACAUCUACAGGAGUACAACACUCGCAGACGCAAGAUACUCGGGCUCCUAGCAUUAUCCGACAAUGAGUUGUGCGAGCGCGCGACCCGCACGCUUCAUUUCUUGCACAACGCCGCCUGCGAUGUAGCGCCGGGUCAGCCCCAGCCCUGGGAAUCCCGGAUCUUUGUGACGUUGAUGGAAAUGGAGUACUCCAAGUACCACAUCAAGAAAACCAUCCUGAGGCUUCCAGUAGACAGAUCCUACAACUGGUUCGACCGGUGCGAGGAGUAUGUCCAACUGUUAAAAGAAGCAUCCACAGAGCCUGUAACCAAGAAACGUCUCCAGGAAACAAAAAAGCAAGCGGACGCGUGCCACCCGCUCAUAGCACUCAGAGAGUACGAAAUUGGCUUGAUACGCUUUAAUGAGAGCGCCGGGUUGAUGUUGUAACGUCCUGCAGCUAAGCGGUAAUGCUUUAGCCGCCCAUCGAAAGAGGCCUAGUUUGCAAAAAGAAGCUUGUUUUGCUGGGGCCUGUAUGUUGAAACUCGCUUUACCUUGGCUUGUUUUACUGGGUCUUCUAUUAUGGAGUAGUGUGAUUUGGCUCUAAGAAUCAGAUAUGGAAUCAGAACUUCUCUGUUUUGAAUACAAAAACUGCUUCGUGGGAUUCUCA